GUCCUCUUUAACUUAGCAACGAAGAUUGGGGCUGUAGGUUUUAGAAGGUCCUGCUACAGAGACAGUUGGGACCUGAGGAGGCUGUAGGUUGGAGAAGGUCCUGCUCCAGAGACAGUUGGGACCUGAAGAGGCUGUAGGUUGGAGAAGGUCCUGCUCCAGAGACAGUUGGGGACCAGGGAGGAGAAUGCUGCAGAAGGUUCUGAUCGGCUCUCUCGGCGGGGCGGCGGUGCUGACCGUGGGCAUCCUGCUGGGUCAUUACGCCAUAGACAAGGGCAGCCCGGCGCCCAGCUGGUUGCCAGAUGUGUCUCGGGACCUGGACGAGAGUUUGCUCCAGGAUUUUAUGGACGCGGUGGACAACAAGAAGAUUGAGGGGUUUCUCAGAGACCUGACCAAGGUUCCCCACAUGGCGACCACGGCCGGGGAUGAGGCCACAGUCGAGUACAUGAUGCAGCACUGGAACGACCAAGAGAGUGGCCUGGACCAGGCCUGGAGACAAAAUUACAUGGUCUACCUCUCCUUCCCCGACCCAAAGACACCCAACAAGGUCACUGUAGUGGCCCCCAACACAACUGUAUUGCACACGGCCAGAGAGCGAGAGAAGAGCUACGGUCCGGACCAAGACGACCCGGAGGUGGUGCAGCCGUACGCUGCCUACUCUCCAGCCGGAACCCCACAGGGUAAGCUUGUGUAUGCCAACCAGGGCAAGCCGAGUGACUACAUGCUGUUGAACAAGACGCUGGACCUCAGAGGAACCAUCGCUAUCUGCCGAUAUGGCGGAGCAGGGCGGGCUGAAAAAGCCAUCACCGCGGCACCUUACGGGGUCGUGGGCGUUCUCGUGUACUCUGACCCCCUGGACAUCAACGACGGCCUCAUGUCGGACUCCAACGAGACAUACCCCCACUCCUGGUACGUGCCCCCCUCCGGCGUGGAGAGAGGCUCCUUCAACACAGACUACGGAGACUUGCUAACCCCGUACCUCGCCGCUAAAGAGAGUACUUACAGAAUACCAGUUGAGAAUAUUACUGGGAUUCCACCCAUUCCAAUUCAACCAAUUGGAUUUGAGGAUGCGUAUGUGUUGAUCAGUCAAUUAGGAGGAGAAUCUGCUCCAGCCAACUGGCAGGGAGGGUUCAACUGCACCUACAACUACGGCGGUCCGGGAUUCAAACCAGCAUCUCAAUUCAGCAACAGUGACGUGAAGCUGGAAGUCUUCAACUUCGCCAAGCUGAAGAACUCAUCCAACGUGAUGGGGAUAAUCCGCGGCAGUGUGGAGCCAGACAGGUACGUGAUCUAUGGGAACCACAGGGACAGCUGGGUCCAUGGAGCGAUCGACCCCAGCAGCGGGACGUCUGUGAUGCUGGAGGUGACCCGGGUCCUGGGCCGGCUGCUGAAACAGGGCAGGUGGAGACCCCGAAGGUCCAUUAUCUUUGGAAGCUGGGGGGCUGAGGAGUUUGGCCUGAUCGGUUCUACGGAGUACACCGAGCAAUACUACACCAAACUGAGUGAGCGUACUGUGGCUUACAUUAAUGUCGACAUAGCUGUAUUUGCCAACGCCACGCUCAGAGCCUCAGGCAUGCCCUCGGUCCAGAACCUCAUCUUCACAGCCGCCAAGCAGGUUAAGGCACCUGGACUGGAAUCCACGUCAGUUUAUGACAACUGGCUCCGAUACUCCAACAGAACCAGCCCGGCGUAUGGAACCGUUCCUAGGGUCGGGUACCUGACUGGAGCAGGCAGUGAUUAUGCUGCAUUUGUCCAUUACCUUGGCAUCACCGCCAUGGAUUUCUCCUACACCUACGACCGGACCAAAACCAAGGCCCGGAUAUACCCCGCCUACCACACCGCAUACGACACCUUCGACUACGCCUCUCGCUACAUAGAUCCUGGAUUCACCAGUCACCAAGCGGUUGCCAGGACGGCAGGGAACGUCCUUCUGCGAUUGGCCGACAGCCUGCUGUUGCCGCUCAACGUCAGUGACUACGCGGAGACCCUGGAGGCGUACCUGGCCACGGCCCAGAAGCUGCACCAGGGCUCUGCGGCCCCGCCCGAAAUCGCGCACGCAAUCGUUUUUUUGAAAUCUGCGGUGGAUCUGUUCCGCUCGGCAGCGACACAACUCGACCAGAUCAUCAAAAGUUCUGACCUGGCCAACGAGAUACCCCUGAAGGUCCGUCGAAUCAACGACCAGCUGAUGCUCAUGGACCGGGCCUUCCUGGACCCGCAGGCCUUCCCUGAGAAGUACGGCUUCAGGCAUGUGAUCUGGGCCUCCAGUAGCUCGGGGGAAGCUACCUUCCCUGGUUUCGCGGACGCCUUUGCCAGGGCCUCGUCGUCAGGGCUGGAGGGAGACUGGUUCAGAGCGCACCAUCAGAUCUCCAUCCUGAGCCAGGCCAUCAAUGGAGCCGCACACAUGCUGAUGGAUGGGUUCCAAUAGCUAUAUAUUUGAUAAAUAUAUAUAAAUAAAUAAAAGAGAGAGAGAGAGAGAGAGAGAGAGAGAGAGAGAGAGAGAGAGAGAGAGAGAGAGAGAGAGAGAGAGAGAGAGAGA